AUGGAAUACCCUCCACAAUAUCAACAGCACAAUCAGCAUCCACACCUGCAGGGCGCUUAUCAGACGUCGCCGCAGAGUGCUGGCCCCGGUUCUCUCCAGUCUCCUUCCGGGCCUCAAUCACAUAUGCAGCAACACAAUCCCAACCAAGCCUCUCCCAUCCUGCCAUCUCAAACUCAAAAUCACUAUCAACCUCAGCCGGCCGGGGGUGUCCAUUCCUCGAUGGGAUAUCCACAAUAUGGGGUGGGCGCAGGAAUGGCUCCAGGUUAUGGAAUCUCGCCUACUCAGGCCGCGGCGAUGGCCACGGCCGCCGCAUCGGGUGAGUCAAUAUACUCGAUGGAUUCUCGCCACGAGCUAAUGGAUCCGACAGGACAAAUGCCUCCAUUGCCUUCUGGCGUAGGCAUGCCUCAAGCCAACCAGAUGGGCCAACAGCGACGGAUGAGCCAACACCUCACCAGCCCUCACGGUCAGGUGUCCCAGCCUGCAUUAAAUCACAGCAUGCCGAGGGUAUCUGUCCCUCCUGCUAUGCCUCCUCAGCAACCCGUGCAGGCGCCACAAGAAGAGCUGGUCGCGGGCGGGGCCGAGGAAUCGCCUCUCUACGUCAACGCAAAGCAGUUCCAUCGCAUCUUAAAACGACGCGUUGCUCGACAAAAACUAGAGGAACAACUCCGACUAACCUCCAAAGGGCGGAAACCUUACUUGCACGAGUCCCGACACAAUCAUGCGAUGCGUCGCCCCCGCGGUCCUGGAGGCCGCUUCUUGACCGCGGAUGAAGUUGCGGCGCUGGAAAAAGGGGAAAACCCGCUCGGCGAGAAUGGUACUCCCGCCACGAAGAAGACGGAAAACACGUCCUCGGGCACCAAGCGAAAGGCGACGGAUGCCGACAAUGACACGCCAGCGAAGAAGUCCAAGGUGGCCAGCGAGAGCGCCGAGGAAGAGGAUGAGGAUGACGGUGAAGCGGACCUGGGCUGA